AUGCAGGAACAACUGGGGGGCCACGAGUACGUGCGGCAGCCCCAUCGAAAGCGUAUCAUGCACCCCAUAGCCAACGACGACAUCGCUCUGGAUGGUUUUCUUGACGACUACCACUUUGACGCAUUGCUAGCGGGCGACAGCUUUCCCGCUCCCUCUUCCUCUUCAUGUGACCGUGUUGUCACAAGGGCCACUGCAACCAGGCAAACCCGAAGUGUCCCUCCGAGUUCUCAGGAAUCGGUCCAUGCCGGACUAAUGUCCGACGCUCGCAAGGCAUCCCCAAACCCACCAUCCAAUAGUCAAAUCGAGCGCUUGUUCAACUCGCUUGUCACCCGAAGACCGACGCCCACGCAGCCAAAGCCAGCCCCAAGUCAUCCUUGCGACACGGCACAUGUGAUUUGGACGCCCCCCACCCCCUUACGGACCUCGCGAGGUGCUUCAACGAUAGAAAAUCUGACCAGCGUCAAGCGAUCUCAAGUGGCACCGAAUGCCACCGCCCCUACACCAGCCAGAACGCAUCGCAAUGCUGUAUUGCAGGCCACGCCGCUGCGAUUGGAUGCGUACCUCCAAUCCACGACCCAAGGUGAAGUCCCACCGGUCCGAAGUGAUUACGCCCCAUUCGCCACGCCCCAUACCCAUUCGAAACCCAAAGGCCGAAAGACUACCCAGACUGGCCCUCGCUCGUCCCCCCAGCCGAUCCACACUACACCACAUUCCUCAGCCGCUAAGCCGGCGCGAAAUGACCCUCCACGCAGUCGUAUUUUGGGUCAUAUGACUCCGUACGCCACUUUGACCGGCCCACAUUUGUCCCCCAGCGUCCACCGUCACCAAGCCGACCACAAACCCUCUCCCAAACACUGA